AAGGCGGGGGAAGAGAGAGAAACAGACCGGGACGGGAGUGUCGUCUUCCUCCGUUCUGCUGCUCCUCCGGGACGCCGCGCGGCACCGGCUGGGGAAGCCGAAGCAGGGCAGCCCCGUCCCCUCCUGGGCGGGCAGCGGGGUGGCUGCUCCCCCGGCCCCUUCCCAGCGGGAACCGGGCUCCAUCCUUCGCCUGCCGCCCUCCCCGGGCUCCGCUUUCGGCUCUCCGCCCUCCCCGGGCUCCGGUCGCCGCCAGUCCCGAGGGGUGAUCGCGGCACUUGUUGCCGGGGCCAUGGGCAGCGAGUAGGCGGGCAGCGUCGAGCCGAGAGGAGGAUCGCGGGGCCGCCCCCCGGCUCCCCGCAUGGUCCCUGAGCUGCCCCCGCCCGGUACCGCAGCCCGGACACCCCCCGCACCGGUCAGAGGGAAAAAUGUCCUUCUUUAACUUUCGUAAAAUCUUCAAGCUGGGCGGCGAGAAAAAGAAGAAGCAGUACGAGCACGUCAAGAGGGACCUGAACCCUGAGGAGUUCUGGGAGAUCAUCGGGGAGCUGGGAGAUGGGGCUUUCGGGAAGGUGUUCAAGGCUCAGAAUAAAGAAACGAAAGUGCUGGCUGCUGCAAAGGUGAUUGAUACUAAAUCAGAAGAAGAACUUGAAGAUUACAUGGUUGAGAUUGAUAUUUUAGCAUCCUGUGAUCAUCCUAAUAUUGUCAAGCUCCUAGAUGCUUUCUACUAUGAAAACAAUCUGUGGAUCCUCAUCGAAUUUUGUGCAGGUGGAGCAGUAGAUGCAGUAAUGUUGGAGCUUGAAAGGCCGUUAACGGAGCCACAGAUCAAAGUGGUAUGCAGGCAGACACUGGAAGCAUUGAACUACUUGCAUGAAAAUAAGAUCAUCCACAGAGAUCUAAAAGCUGGCAAUAUUCUUUUCACGUUAGAUGGAGACAUUAAGCUAGCGGAUUUUGGAGUAUCAGCUAAAAACACAAGAACAAUACAAAGAAGAGAUUCUUUUAUCGGUACACCAUACUGGAUGGCUCCAGAAGUAGUAAUGUGCGAGACCUCUAAAGACCGGCCUUAUGAUUACAAAGCUGAUAUUUGGUCUCUUGGCAUUACUUUAAUAGAAAUGGCUCAAAUAGAGCCACCUCAUCAUGAAUUAAAUCCAAUGCGAGUGCUUCUGAAAAUAGCAAAAUCUGAUCCACCUACAUUAGCGCAGCCUUCAAAAUGGUCAUCAGAUUUUAAAGAUUUUCUGAAGAAAUGUUUGGAAAAGAAUGUGGAUGCAAGGUGGAGCGCAAAUCAGCUCCUACAGCAUCCAUUUGUUACUGUUACGUCCAAUAAGCCAAUAAGAGAAUUGAUUGCAGAAGCUAAGGCUGAAGUUACAGAAGAAGUUGAAGAUGGUAAAGAUGAGGAUGAAGAAGAAGAAACAGAAAAUUCUCUGCAGUUACCUGCAGACAAGCGUGCAUCCUCUGACCUUAGUAUUGCCAGCUCUGAAGAGGAUAAAAUUUCACAGAAUGCCUCUGUUCUGGAAUCUCUUUCUGAGAAAACAGAAAAUAAUGCAGUGGAGGACAAAGCCAGCACUAUAUUUCCAGAUGAAUCUGAGGACAUUAAAUUUGGGAAAACAGCAAGUGACGUAUGUGAUACUACUGUUGGUGAUAUGAAAGUGCAAAAUGGUUCUGUGCCAGUGGCUGAAGAUGAGCAAGGCAAACUCUUGUCGGAUGAGAAGACUAGAGAAAGCCUGGAAGAGGCACACAAAGAUACAGAACCCCAGAAGGGACGGAAAGAACUUGAUGCUGUAACAAAAUCAGAAGUAAGGGAUCAACCUAACCUAAAAACAGAGAAAGAAAAUGAUGUGGGAAAUGAACGGACAGAAGAUAAUAAACUGAAAAUAGUACCUACAGCUGAAAAUAGUGUAGAAACUGAAGAAGCCAUUUCUAGGGAAACUGGUGAAAAAGAAGAGAAGGAAAAUAGAGCAGGUGUCUCAGAAAGUGAGGGAGAAAAGGUCCCUGCAGAAAGUACUGCAGAGCAAAAGGAUGAUAAAGAUGAAGGUCAGAAAGAGGCAAUAGUAGACACCACUACAGAAACUCUACCUAAUGCUGCAGAUAAAGUGGCUGAUGAAGAAAGGGAACUAAUAAAGCCUGGAAUUGACAACAUUAAGGAGAUAGGUGGUAUCGCUGAAACAGGGAUCAGCGAUGGGGAUAAAAUACCUGAGACAGAGGAUAAGCCAGUGGGAAGUCAGGCUAAGCAGGUCCAUGAGAUAAUCAGCUCCGAAGAGGCUCUAUCAGAAAGCCAAGAUAAAGUGAUCAAAGUAGACAAGAAACUGGCAGAAAGUGAAAAUGAGGAUAUUUGUCACAUAAGCAGCAUGGAGGAAACAGAGAUCAAAGGCUCUGGGAGAGACAGCGUAGACCAGAAGGCAGUACAGAGCAAACCUGAGGAUAUUUCCAGUAAAGUGGUGGAUAAGCUGGCUGACAUGGACCAAAACUCGGAAGAGUGCAGACCUGAGAAUAUCCAGGAAAACAGUAUUCAGACAGACAAUGAACCUUCGGAAUUCACUUCUGAUGAAAUAAUGAAGAAUAAGCUUCAGGAUGCUGCUGGUAAACACGCUGAUGACUCUGAAGUCACUCUAGUCCCCAGUAUUAGUAUUAGUGCUGAUGAAAAUGAGGAGAAAGUCAAAACAGAUAAUCGGGAAAAUACUGAAACUUUACAGCAGCUAGAAUUGGAGAAUUUGAAGGAAAACGAUGCAGAUUCGGGCACCGGCUCUACAGCUGAUAAUAGCAGCAUUGAUUUGAACUUGUCAAUUUCUAGUUUCCUUAGUAAGAACAAAGAAACGGGAUCAAUAUCUUUACAGGAAACUAGAAGACAGAAGAAAACUUUAAAGAAAACUCGGAAGUUUGUUGUUGAUGGAGUAGAAGUGAGUGUAACCACAUCAAAAAUAGUUACUGAAAAUGACUCAAAAAGUGAAGAAAUGCGAUUUCUACGACGUCAAGAGCUAAGAGAGCUAAGACUUCUUCAGAAAGAGGAGCAGAGAGCCCAACAGCAACUCAGUAAUAAGCUUCUGCAACAGCGAGAACAGAUGUACAGACGUUUUGAACAGGAAAUGACAAGUAAAAAGCGACAAUAUGAUCAAGAAAUAGAAAAUCUAGAAAAGCAGCAGAAGCAGACAAUAGAGCGCUUGGAACAGGAACACACAAAUCGUUUACGAGAUGAAGCAAAACGCAUCAAAGCAGAACAGGAGAAGGAAUUGUCCAAAUUCCAGAACAUGCUGAAGAACAAGAAGAAGGAGGUUUUAUGUGAAGUGGAGAAAGCACCAAAAGAGCUGAGAAAAGAGCUCAUGAAACGCAAGAAAGAGGAGCUUGCGCAAAGCCAGCAUGCUCAGGAGCAGGAAUUUGUACAGAAGCAGCAACAAGAGCUGGAUGCAUCUCUGAAGAAAAUAAUUCAGCAGCAGAAGACAGAACUAGCCACUAUUGAACGAGAUUGCCUCAACAAGAAACAGCAGCUCAUGAGAGCUCGCGAAGCCGCAAUCUGGGAGCUGGAAGAGCGGCAUCUACAAGAGAAACACCAGCUCCUCAAACAGCAACUCAAAGAUCAGUACUUCAUGCAGAGACACCAGCUGCUGAAGAGGCAUGAAAAAGAAACAGAACAAAUGCAGAGAUAUAAUCAACGCCUUAUUGAGGAGCUGAAGAAUAAACAAACUCAGGAAAGAGCGCGACUGCCUAAAAUCCAGCGAAGUGAAGCAAAGACUCGAAUGGCUAUGUUUAAGAAGAGCUUAAGAAUCAAUUCACUAGCGUCUCCAGACCAGGAUCGUGAAAAAAUUAAGCAGUUUGCUAUUCAAGAAGAAAAGAGACAGAAGAAUGAGAGACUGGCUCAGCAUCAGAAGCAUGAAAACCAAAUGCGAGACCUUCAGUUGCAGUGUGAAGCAAACAUCAGAGAACUGCAUCAGUUACAGAAUGAAAAAUGCCAUCUACUGGUUGAGCAUGAGACUCAGAAGCUAAAAGAGCUGGAUGAAGAACACAGCCAAGAACUGAAGGAGUGGAGAGAUAAACUGAGACCGAGAAAAAAGACGCUGGAAGAAGAAUUUGCCAGAAAAUUGCAGGAACAGGAAGUUUUCUUUAAAAUGACUGGAGAAUCUGAAUGCCUUAACCCGUCAACACAAAGCCGGAUUUCGAAAUUCUAUCCAAUCCCCAGCCUUCACUCCACGGGGUCCUAACUCUGGGAACUGCUGUAGGUUUUUUCAUAUUUGGAAUUCUCCAUCCUCAUCAUCUAACCUGACUUAAUCUGUGAUGUACAUCAAAGGACCUAGCACUUUUUGUUUUCAGUGGAGACAAUCAGUGUCAGGAUCAGUCUCUUUGCUUCUUGGAAUGGAAGAAAAGAAAAAAGGUGUUGGUGUAUAAUGGUAAUGUUCUGUCCUUCAAAUGUUUAAAGAAUAAGUGGGAUUUUUAUCUCAGUCUCAAAAAGUAUUGUUUUGACUUUAAGUCUAAAAUAUUAAUUAUGUUCUUUCUGAUCACAAAGAAACAGUUUCUCAUGUGAACAUUUAAACGGUGUAAUAUUAGUUCUGCUACUGUAUUUUUAAAUGUCUGAUUCCUCCCUGAGAGAAUUCCACAACAGCAACUGCCGUGAGGUUUAAAAUUUUAUAAUGCUGAGCAGUGUCUUCAUAGCAAGGACCCAUUACUCAGAACAUGCCAACAAUGAGAAAAAGAACCCCUUCUGUUCAAACACAAUUGGUAAAAGCAAAAGCCUUGGCAACUUCUUUUUAAAAAAACCUCUGGCAUAAAUUAAACUGAGCUGAUCUCCAUUACGUAUUUUGUCCAUUAGUUCCAUGAUGAAAUGGGGUGCUAGUUUAAUUAACACAGUGCCUGAAACACUUAGCUGUGCUAAUCCUGGCAACGGGAUAGUGUGUUGUCAUUUAAAAAUAAACAAAACUCCUUAGCAUUGCUGUUACUGUACAAAACAGAUUUCUUGCUGCUACUGCCAUUUUUGUUGUAACUCCUCACCCUGAAAUAUUUUGCACUAAAAUAUGUAAAGGUGAAAGAAAUGCUAACUUUAAAAUGCACAGUUUAUUAUUUUCCUUAGCGAUUACAGGUUGUUAGUUCUACAAAUUGCAAAACUGUAGGAUGUAUUUUUUAGAAAGCAGUGUGCAAAGCGCACGUGAUUUCUCGAACUGUUACCUGGAAUGGGUAGAGCCAUUUUCUGUCCUUACCAAAGCCUGUUCAUUUAAACUCCGUCAGACAAGUGGAGGUGGGUGGUCAUAUUUAUAAAUAACCAUGGUUGAAGUCCAAUUUCAUUAGAAAGGUAGAUUUGAAUUUAUUUUUUUUUUUUUAACUUUAGUCAUUUUAUUUUGUAGAAAGAUUUAAGUUAAAUAUAUAGACAAACUACUUUGUGAAGCUGGGUUUUUUGCUUUUUUGUUGCCAUGUACUAACAUAGGCAGGUUUUAUUUUUCAAGAUCGUAGCUGUACGGUAAGUUAUUUACCUUACUGGUCUGCAGUGGGAAAGAUUGGAAAUGUUUCUCAUAGCUGGUAGGGAAAUACAACCGCGUUAGAUCACUUUUACUGCACUUCUCCUGGCGGUUAGAGCUUGAGUCAUAUCAAGGCAGUGUGAUAAGCUGUGCUUUGGUAUGUUGGAGUUCCAGUUGUAAAAUAGUGUUCGCUUUCUGUCAUUUGAUGCCUGACUUUCUUGUCUCAUCGGGUAUCAACUGUAAACGUUAUGUUUUGCUGGCUGGCAUUAAAUGUGCGACUGGUGAACAUUAUACGAUGUUCAUGUCACGGGAACAGUAUUGAUGCAUGUGAACGAACUCAAAAAUUAACAUAGGACUAUAAUUGGAUGUGGUUGAACCCUCGGAUGCUGAAAUCCUUGGACAUUGAACCGAUACCUUCUCAAUGAAGAUACUUAAUUUACAGCACAGUAAAAAGAAAUUGGAAAAUGCAUGUUUUAAUUUAAAUUUUCUAACUUUUUGAUAGCAUAAUUACUUUAAUAGUUAGCUUUAAUUUCUGGUGUUUUAUUAUAGUGUGUAUUGUGUACUGUUGUAAAUUCACUUACCAUAUCUCUAGAAUGGUAUCUGUUGCUAAAUGCAAAGUUCUUUAAAUUGUUUUUUCAGUUGGGUGAAAAAUGUCUUUGAAGGUCUUUGACUUUUUAAGAUCCCCCAUCAUAAAUUGAAUGUUGCUAAAAUAAUAUUAAAUAAUCUUCAUCUCUGUGUUUAAGAGAAUUUGGUUGCAGUUUCCUAUGGUGAAGGCUCAGUGCUUUACUUGGGGAGUUGACAGGGCAGGCAGAUUUCCCCUUCUGGCUUCUCUCUACCUUCGUCCAUGUUAAAUCUUCAGAGGGAAAUGUUAAUCUUCUGCUUACCCUUUUGGCAGUUUCAGUGAUAACUUGCUGAUAUGUUAGCAUGCCGUUUACCUCCAUCUAAAUCUUUUAAAUCUUUUAUUUGAAGACCCUUUUCAGAUGAGCCCCUGUGAUCCCAUCUCAUUGUAAAUUGAAGAAGUAACAGGGUUCUGUGAUGGAGGGGGGAACGAAUGUAGCAGCAGAGUCUUGGCAGGUGCUUGGUCAGAGCUCCGGGGUUGCAGCGUCGCGAAGCAGCUGCAGCCUUGGGAGCAGUGCUGGGAAUUGAGAUCAAGCAUAAAAACGUGGAACAGGAACUAGCGUGGGUACCUAGGCAUUCGGGCUGAGAACUUUGAUUAGAUAUUGCAGAACAUGAGAGAGGUGGACAACAUUGUGCAGUGUCAGAAAAUUCAGUUCAAAUGAUUGGGUCUUACAUAAGCCUGGAAGAGAUCUCCUGAGGUACCAAUUCCGGUCUCUCUACUAACACAUGUGACAUCCCUUAUAAAAGUUAGAAGCUUCAUCUCCAAGGCAGUUGGGUGUAUUUGCUUUAGCCAGAACUCUGCUUUCUUACGAGUGUUCGGCAGAUCUCAUUUUCCCCACAUGUCUUUCAGAAGAUGAGCACCAGUCAGCUCUUGCCCACCUUAGUGCUGUCCACCGGAAGAUGAAGGAAGGCAAUAAAAUGCAUGAAUUGCAGUGCAGCGUGGUGGCGUCCUCUUGUAUUUACAGCUGAUUCUCACAAAAACCCUGCCUGCAGGCCUGUGGCCUCGAACAGAUUCAGACCUUGUGGCUUGUUCUUCCCAAGCCCCAAGAGUAGGGCUUGGCACCCGCUGAGUCAGCUUCCUUGGGACAGGGCCUUGUCAGGACAGGAGUGGUGGCUCUCCCUCUCAUCCCGACAGUCGCUGGAGCUCAGCUGUUGGCAGGAUCUCAUGGUAUUCUGCUAAUGCACCACUGCCGGUGGCCAUGGAGGUCUUUGGCUUGAUGGAGCACCAUGGGCUUGCUGCCCCUGCGCUUAGGAGAUUCCGAAUCAAAUUGACACCUGAAUCCAGGCUCUGAGGCGGCAGUGCCCCCAGCCUGACCUCAAGGUGAUUCUUCACAUCACUUUUCAAAUGCUGACAUUCAUCCUGAGCCACAUCCUUUUCCUGCAGACAGUGUUUCAAGUGAAUAUCCUUUCAAACUGCAUUAAUGAGUCUUCAAUAUCUAAUCAAUCACACGGUUUAAAAAUUAUUUUUCUGUCCUAGAGGACUUCCUUGAUUAUAACCUCAGGCUACUGAAUAUUUUUUCUUAAUCAGUAGGAAAUUUAGCACCUUAACUAACACAGAGCCAAGCAAAGCAUUAGUGCAGUUGCUUUCAUCAUGCCACGAUGUCUUGUAUCACAUAAGAAAUCUAAGUAUCUGUCUUGCAAGUAUUUCAGGGACACUUUGGAAGAUUUGAAUAAGGUUUUUUUUUUAAAUUAAGGCACUUAAAUCCAUUUUUAGGUAAUGUGAUUUUCAGAGCUGCUGUGUAGCUGCAGCCCCGAGGGCCUCAGACAUUCUUAUCUUUGCUAAAACCAGAGAACAGAGUUAAAUGUGUAAAUAAGCUCAGUGCUGGUUGUUUCCACUGAACUGCUGCAUGUGGUUGAUCAGCCAUGGGGAAGCAAGCGGGGCGUGUUCUGAGGGCAGUGACCACACUGUCAGUAGAGGAGGGGACAGGGAGGAGUGCCGAGGGUGCUCACUGUGGAAAUGUGUGAUUUUAUGUUAGCCUUUACAAUCUGGUCAUUUUACCUCAAAAUCUACUUCUGGAUCUCAGAAACUUCCUUGUGUUGAUGUGUCCAUGCACAUUUCCCAUUCUCUGACCUGUACUGGCAGCUUCGCAGCAGGUACAAAAUGGGGUAAGAGAGAAUUAACCUUCCUCAUUCCAGGCAAGCCCGGGCUGGGAUGCCUUGUCAUGUUUUUCGGUCUUAGGUGAGAACAGAAGGACAGACAGAAGAAACUUUGUAGUGUUUCUAUUGCUUGCAGAGCUGUUUGUCAGUUGUUCUCCAUCCCCUUUCUCUCGCCUCACUCCUCAUACUGCAUUUCUGAAACUACUUCUGCACUUGUGGGGUUGGGGCGCUCGGUGCCAGGGAAAGAGGGCAAACCGAGUGAGAAACUGCUGCCACCCGCUCAUGAAUGAGGGCUCUGCGCUUCCUCUAUAGCGAGUGCAGAAGGGAGCUGCUGAGCCCAAAGAUGCUCUAACUUCCCAAAGAUCUCUUCCACAAUUACCGAGGCAUAUGGUAAAACCUUUCUUAUGGAUUUUCAGUCCUAAAAUGGUGGGAAGAACAGAAACUCAGCAGGGGCGUUGAGUGAAAUCCGCAGUGUUGAACUGUCAUAUGCCCGUUUUCUGUAAGAAAGCCGAGCAGAGUGGUGUUUUCUGAUAAAGCACACAAAUCCGAUGCAUCUCCAGCCUUGCAUUGUCCCAGCACUUUGUCAGAUGUUAUCUGCAAACCAAGUUAUUUUUGCCUUACAGAAAGCAACCAAAAAUCAUGAGGUGAAUGAAUAAUUGGCUAAGGGUCUCUGGGUGUACAGCUCAUGGAAGCAAACUUGCAGUAGCAGUCAUACGACAGGGGUUUUUUGGUCUUGGUUUUAAAAGUAAUUUGAUUUUGUGGCUUUCUGUAGAAUAUUGUAAUAAUUCUGCUGUAAAUACAAUAAAAUCACAGUUUGCUGAGA